CCGGCCCUGGCUCAUUACUCAGCGGCCGAGGUAGGAGGCGGUGGCCAGAAGCAAAGUUUGGAUGAAGUGAUCUAGCUGAGUUGCCAUCAUGAGCAGAAGCAAGCGUGACAACAAUUUCUACAGUGUUGAAAUUGGAGAUUCUACUUUCACUGUAUUGAAACGGUAUCAAAAUUUAAAACCAAUAGGAUCAGGAGCACAAGGCAUAGUAUGUGCAGCUUAUGAUGCUAUCCUUGAACGAAAUGUUGCAAUCAAGAAGUUAAGCCGACCGUUUCAGAACCAAACCCACGCUAAAAGAGCCUACAGAGAGCUUGUUCUUAUGAAGUGUGUUAAUCACAAAAAUAUAAUCGGCCUACUGAAUGUGUUCACACCACAAAAAUCCCUGGAAGAAUUUCAAGAUGUCUACAUAGUGAUGGAGCUCAUGGAUGCAAAUCUUUGCCAAGUGAUUCAGAUGGAGCUCGACCAUGAACGAAUGUCCUAUCUUCUUUACCAAAUGCUGUGUGGUAUCAAACAUCUUCAUUCAGCUGGAAUUAUACAUAGAGAUUUAAAGCCCAGUAAUAUAGUAGUAAAGUCAGACUGCACUUUGAAGAUUCUUGACUUUGGACUGGCCAGAACUGCAGGAACUAGUUUUAUGAUGACGCCUUAUGUAGUGACUCGUUACUACAGAGCACCAGAGGUCAUCCUAGGGAUGGGAUACAAAGAAAACGUUGACAUUUGGUCAGUUGGGUGCAUCAUGGGAGAAAUGAUCAAAGGUGGUGUUUUAUUUCCUGGUACAGAUCAUAUUGAUCAAUGGAAUAAAGUUAUAGAGCAGCUAGGAACACCAUGCCCUGAAUUUAUGAAGAAAUUACAGCCUACAGUCCGAACUUACGUGGAGAAUAGACCUAAAUAUGCUGGAUAUAGUUUUGAAAAACUCUUUCCAGAUGUCCUUUUCCCAGCUGACUCUGAACAUAAUAAGCUUAAAGCAAGUCAAGCAAGGGAUUUGUUAUCAAAAAUGCUGGUUAUAGAUGCUUCUAAAAGAAUCUCAGUGGAUGAAGCCCUGCAACACCCAUACAUCAAUGUUUGGUAUGAUCCUUCAGAAGCAGAAGCUCCUCCACCAAAGAUACCAGAUAAACAGUUAGAUGAGAGGGAGCACACGAUAGAAGAAUGGAAAGAGUUGAUAUACAAGGAAGUCAUGGACCUGGAGGAGAGAACCAAGAAUGGGGUUAUACGUGGACAACCAGCCCCUUUAGGUGCAGCAAUGAUCAAUGGCUCUCAACAUCCAUCUUCAUCGUCAUCUGUCAAUGAUGUGUCUUCAAUGUCAACAGAUCCAACAUUGGCCUCUGAUACAGACAGCAGUCUAGAAACCUCAGCUGGACCUCUGGGUUGCUGUAGAUGACUACUUGGUCUUUUGGGGGGUGGGAGGGGGGUCCUUUUAGUCAUUAAUAGGGCACCUUUAAAAUUUGGUGGUAUUUUUGAGUGUUUUUUCAAAAAUAAUCGUAGAAUUCAUCAUAAAGUGCUGUAAUUUUAAACUGUAAGUUGUGUUAAAAGCAGCCACUUUUUUGCUGUAAUUAACUGUAAAAUAUUAAACCUGAUAAUUUUUAUUGUGGUUUUAAAAUCUGCAUAUUUGCUUUACUGUUAUGCUGCUGACUUUUUUUACUGAAUUUGUAAGAUUUGUUUUAUCAAAGCACAUUAAUGUUGUGGUCAUUACCAUAUAAUGAAUUAUUUAAGAUUUUAUAGGUUUUCAAUUUUUUAAUUAGAAUUUAUUCCAGAUGUUUUGUUCAUGAUAUCCUUCAAAGUUUUAUGCUUGGUCAUGUGUCCAUGUCCAGGUGAAGGGGGAGGGAAUUCAGUGCAGCCAGCUGUAGUUUGGGCAUACUACUCUGGUGCUGGCAGUGAACAAAAUCCUCUUUUAUUUUGGCCACUUGCCUGUGAUACUUCAGCAAAAGCAACAAUUAGUGAUUCUUUUUUUUUUAAGAGAAACAGUAUACAAUCCUUGGCAGAGUAAUCAUAUCUGAACAGUUUUAUGAACUUAAGGAAGCAAAGCAUAUCUUCAAAGCUGCAGAAAUAUCUAGCCUAACAAAGUAAUGUGAUAUUUUCUGCAGAGUUGUGGCAUGCCAAAUGUUGUGAUUGCCAUAAAACACAAGGAUACUUCAUGAAUAAUACAUUGCAAUGCCAAUAAACUGUUUACUUCUAGCUUGUAGCCUGUUUUUGUACACACAAAAUGAAAUGUAUCCAGGAUGUCUAGACUGCCAAGAGGGAAAACGAAUAUGCUGUAGCUAUACUGUCAUGCAAUAUGUGAUUCUUAGGAGUUUUAUUUCUUGCUAGUUUUGUCUAUGAAGGCAAGUGCUUUUUGGGUAAAAGAGGGAAUGACACAAAUGCAGUGGGGCAAAAUGUCAGCUGUUCUUUCUCCACCAAAAGUAACUGAUUGUUAAAAACCAUAGGAGAACCUCAGGAUUUCUGUAGCUAAUGCAUUAAGUGAGCAAUAUAUGCCAUCCAAAGGAGGGAGAAGUAGUGCUGUAUAAAUUAAUGUUUAUCUUCAUUUCACCAUAAGACCAGUGUAGCAGAAAUCUUAAUAAUGGUUCAUUUUAAGUCAUAAAUAUUCAGUAGUUUACAGCACUGAUGCUCCAGGUUUCAAUACUUUUUAAACAAAAGAUAUAUUGAAAUAUAUAGAACAGUUACUAAGUAGUCAUGUAAAAUGGUGCUGCUCCUCACAGAAGUAUUUUAACUGUUUACAUUUUAUAUUUGCAGAAUGAUUUAUGUGUAACUGACUUAAGUUUAUGUAUGAGUUUAACAAUCAUUCAGAAUUUAUUCCUUUGGAAAAUGCAGAUUUUUUUAGUGAAGCUAGGCUGUACAAUUGAUUGCCUUGUGUAGAUGCAUAUUUUGUGUAGUGAAUUAGAAUGUGAAGAAGAUUUUAAAUUAGUAAUGCUCACAAAAGUGAGCAUAAAAGAAUACAGAAGUCUUGCCAGGCACAGAGCAUAAGCAAAUAGUAUAACUGGCUACAGAGGUCAUUCAGGAAUGACAGAUGUUCUUCAGUGUGGUUCCUUCUGCUUGUUGGGUUAAAUAAGUAUGUUUUUGAAGUUGUAAUUGAAAGAGGAAAAAUGAUCUUUGCAGUAAGUUUCAGAAAAAAAUAGGAGUGAUAGUAAUGAUUCCAAUUUCUGUCAUCUUAGAAAACAUGCAGGAUUACAAGGAAUGGUAAUGUCUCAAAGAUGACUUAAAUUCUGUUUUCCUGGCCUGGCUAGACUACUGGUAAGUGCUGUGUGCAUGUAAUUUUGCUUUCCUCACUUGUAUCUGAUACUUCAGUAUUGCCUUUCUAAACCGUAUUUUUUAAGGCAAUUAUUUUUAAUGGAUCCUGCCAAACUGUAUAUUUUACCUCAGAAGAGGCAGGACAUGUUUGGAUUCAUUUAGCACUGAAACAUAGAAAAUCUGCUCAAGUUCAACAGAGACCGACAGAACAGUCUAUUUUGUAGGGUUUUUUUUAAUUGAAGUUUAAGCUGUGAAUUAAGCCAAAAUUUUGGUCAUACAACAGUACUCCAUUGUUACCUAGGGUCAAAUGAUAUUCUCAUCAGCCCAGUGUAAUGAAGUCAAGACUGACAAAAUCAACUUCUGAUGCCUGUAAAUGCUGUUAAGAACACAAUCUGGUAAUUAUAAUUGCUAUGUAAAUUUAUUUUGGAUCCCUCCAGAUUGCAGCAGUGAUUGAAGUAUUUUGAGACUUUGAAAUAAUUUUUGCUAUUGCUUUCCAGUGUCCCAGAGAAAAUAGCUUUAAAAAUUGAGUUUUUCUUCUUUUAAGGUAGGGUUAAUCAUAGAAUGUUUUGGGCUUAUGAAUGGGUGGGAUUGCCCACGGCAACCUGUUGCAGUGUGAGUGAACUGUACUUAAAGGGAUUAUUUCAGUAAGGUCAGAGCUUUGCCUGUGGAAAUGUAUAGUUCACUUUUGGCACCAUCUGCAAAGCAGUGUUGCUUUUCUUUUCCACUCAGUUGCCUGAAUUUUAGGCAAAUCAAAGUGAUGGUAAAUUCAGAUUCAGUAAUGAAAUUAUCAUAACAACAUGCUAGUUUUAACUUCCCUUUUCAUUUAUUGAAAUAUAAAAUUAUUUCAGAAAUAAUUGUACACUGCCACUGAUAGCAAACAAAUGGGCAGCUGGAGUUCAGCUGCCUUUGUCUACUGUUCCGAUGUUAGAUUAUAUACUAUCUAAUACACUGUACAAUUUUAUUCCUAAGGUAUUAUUAAGCUUUAUUUUAGUCUGUAAUUCCAAAAUCUUCUCAUGACAACAGGCUUCACUAAAGUGCAUGCAACUUUGCUCUUCUAGGGCUGUUUCAAUUCACUAGGAGUUGGUAGGGAUGGAAUUACAGUGAGCUGUCUGAUUUCUUAUGUCAGGUGAGGUUAAAAGUUGGACAACAAUGACUCGAUUAAUUUCAGCAUUCUCUGGUCAGAGCUGUGGCAGGCAGCAAGGAUAAAAUAGCUCCUCUCUUUUAGAAGUGUGUUAGAAGUGUGUUCAUGUGUAUGAGAAGCUGGGCUGCUAGAGCUGUACCCAUCAGCUGAACAGCCUCAAGGCCAAAUUGACCAACCAGAUCACCUCUGCUGUAUUAAGCCUGCUAAGCUGAGUUGAUCUGGUACUUUUCCUUGUGAGGUUACUGUCCAGCUUUGCAUUUUUAGUUUUGAAAAAGCUGACUAUGUUAUAUGCAGUAGUACCAUUCUGGAUAGGAAUUCCAGCUAGAUACAAAGAUAGUAUUAGCAUAAAUUGUUAUGUGCAAGUCCCCCUCUGCCAACCUCCGGGUGUGAAUUCAAGGAGGUAGAGUGGUUUAGGCCCAGCUAGUAACUUAGAUGGGGUGAGCUCUGUUGCAGGCAGUUGAGGCACUGCCACCCUCUGCUGCCUCUGUGUCUGAGUAUGGUAUUACUGACAUGGGUUGGCUCUAUGGAGAAUUGCUUCUCUGAAUGCAGGCUGUUUGGCUAGAGAGCAAAAAUUAAGCACCUUGACAGGCCUUUGCGUGAGUGUAAUGCCCUACUUUAGAGUAUAUGGCAUUCAUCUCAACGCUGCAUAAAGGAACAUGAUCUAAAAGCUUGUACAGGAGGAUGGUUCCUAUCUAGCCAGGGAUCCAAAGUGUAUGACAUUAACUGUUUCUCAACUAAGAUUAGAGGGGAAAGGGGUGAGAGAAGGUAGUUCACCUUACACUUGGGCUUACUGUUGCCAGUCGCUGAAGGAGGUGAAUUACUGUUUCUAGAUAUGUUUUUAUUUGCUGUUGACAGCAGCUUGUCUAUGCUGUUAAAAUUUAUUUCCCUUUCAGUGUUUAGAUUUUUACAUUGAGGACUGGAGCUGAGGCAGAAUUGUCUGCAUUUUUUAGGAUUAGAAAGAGAGGUUUAAUGAAGAAAUGUGCUAAGACUCUACUGCCUACCCAAAUUUUCAUUUAAUUUAUUCUUAGUUAAGGGCACUGGAUAAGAGUGGUAUUCUAAGUGAACUCUUUCACUCCCUUCUCCUCUUUAUAUAUCCCUGCAUUACAGAAACGUGUCAUGAAUCAGAUCACAUUGUGUUUCUACUUCUGCAGUUAAAAAGUUAAGCUAGGUUUUCUUGAACUACCUCACAUGAACUUUCUAUGUUUCUUAAGCAAAACUAACCCAUGCUAUUGGAACUACACUGAAUGUGAAUAGAGAAAUACACUUCCUUUAGAAAAAAUAAACCUACUGGCCAAUGUUGAGACAAUAUCAGUAAGUAUGUUUCUUAUAGAUUUCACAUAGGAUGGUCAUGUGUAAUAUAUAGCUUGUGUACAGUAAUGUACAUCUAGAAUAUUGUGUUAGCUGUAAAUUGGUGAUUUUAUUAUUGUAGUCUGGUUUUGUAGGUAAAAAUAGCUUACUAGUAACGUCAGCUCAUCCUUUACAUUUUACAAAAGGAAUAAUUCUUGGUAAGCUUUGCAUACAGAUGAAUUACUUUUGUAGGCCCAAUAUCUAGUCUAUUUUUGAGAGUUCUUUAACUUUUAUUACUAAAGUUUGAGAAAAAACCCUAAUUAUUGUGAUCAUUCCUUCUGCCCCUUUUGAAGUAUAUUCUUAAUUUUAUUUUGUCCCAAGAAAUAUGAAGGGGAAGAUACACCAUUAAAAAUGCUGAGAAAAACUGUCUUUUUUUUCUUCCCACAUUUGAUACCUUUUCCUGCUUUUCCUUUACUCCCUCCAAAUAAGCUGUUGGUGGGGCAUUACUGAGAACAUUGUGGUUUUUUUACUCAUUCAUGCCAUAGGUCAUUAUGUGUGCACCACUGGAAUGUAUACAUUGUUAUCUAGUAUGUCAAUUGGUUAUAAUGUUAUUUUAAAUAAAAAAGGGAAAAAAAAA